AUGGAUUCAGAGCGAGAUCCAUCAAUAUUUUCUCUUGUCGCGUUAUGCGUUCGCGAAUUCAACGCACUGUUAGCCUCCGUCCCAAGUGAAGAAAUCGAGACCCGCCUGAAACUGCAGGAUGACCUGGGGAGGCUACGAGUCUGGAUCGGGAAUUUCGGUGCACAUCGCAAGCAGACAGACAGACUUUCCUUGGACCACCGGCUUCGAGAGGCCCCGGAAUUGCAUCAGGAGGUUCGGAAUCACAUCAAUGAUAUUUCCGAAGCCAUCUAUGGAGCGACCUCUGUUAUCCAGGAAAGUGAAAAGCCUUUCGAAGAUGAUGAGACCCCUCCUACCUCCGAAACGAACGAAUUGGACUCAGACGAUUCCGAUUCCGAUGGGUUUUGGGACCAGAUCAAAUCAGAGAAUGAGAAGCAUUCGAAGCUGGAGGAAUAUUUGCAUGACGUUCAGUACAUCAUCACCAGCCUAUACAAAUUCUCCGUGACUCUCCAGAAUCCAGCUCACCGCGAUCGAACAGCUCAAGCCUCACGCAUUGAUCUCGAUCAUUUCGAAUUCUAUGAUGUUCAACACGUGUCCGAGAAAUUCAAACUUCCGCGAGAUAGCAUACUUGCUCAACGGCUCGGCAAAGCAAACACGAAGCGGCGUCAACUCCUGGCAUAUCACAAGGAUCAUGCCCAGAAAAUCUCCAAGUAUGUUGAUGUGGCCAUGGAAAAGACCCACAAGACGACAAAGGAUCAUAUCAAACACAACGACCUUGAUAUGUCCAGAAGAGGACCCCAAAGCAUCUCAACAAAAUGGACACAGGAUACUACUGUUUCGACUAUCAAUCAUCAGGACAUUGAAGUUGCAUCCAACUCGGGACAAACUGAGUUUUCUGCAACAACCUCGACAGCUGGCAACCAAGCACAUGAAUUGAUGCCACCGCCGCCAGUGGAUGUGGUGAAUAAAGACCAGAACAGUCUAUUUGUCUGCCCAUACUGUCGCCAGAUGAUACAGCUUGAGAAUGCGGACGAAGGCUGGAAGUACCACGUCUUAAGCGACUUGCGGCCUUACAUAUGCACAUUCGGAAACUGCGUGAAAGCCAAUCAGCUCUACGACAGCUACACAGAGUGGAGUGAGCAUGAACAACAAUUCCAUCGACGAGAGUGGUUUUGUAAUUUGUGCUUAUCGAAUUAUCAAUCUGAAACUUUCUUCUUAAAACAUCUGGAGGAUGCUCACGCAGGAGCAAUUCCUGAAGACCAACGGCGGGCGCUGGUGAAAUUAUCCACGUCGAUUCCAGCAGCAUCUAGCGCGGCAUCUUCAGCAGCUCUCUAUUUUUGUUCUCCCCUUCCUGAGUCUGAAGAAAAUGAACAUUCAACCCGCGACGGAGAAUCGAACGAGUCUCGAAAAGCGCUGAUGGUAGAUGGUGAAGUCAGAGAAUCGCCCAAGUCUACGUCGACGUGGAGUGAGGGAUCGAGUCCAUAUGACCAGCCUGAAGUUAUUGAAGGAGAGAAUUGGCGAGGACUCGGAACUCAACUGGACGACGACGAGAGGACUAUGCUGUCAGGACACUCAUCGACAUUGAAAGACAUAGCCAAUUUGAAAUCCAUAUUUCAAUCGCCUGGCCAAUCGCAGAAAGCCGAGAACCUUGAAGAGGAUGUGCUAAAAGCUCGUGAAUAUAUGCUCGGCAAGGACCAGCCUGGCUCACUGGAAGACAUGACCAGCCGCGCAUGGACGUUCAUGAAACAGGGCUGGUGGGAGGAGGCUGAGCAGCUCCUGAUGCAGGUUUUAGAUAUGAGCAAGAAGAAGCUUGGGGAGGACCAUCCUGAUACACUGAGUAGCAUGGCCGACCUCGCAUCAACAUUCAUGGAACAGGGCCGGUGGGAUGAGGCUGAGCAGCUCCAGGUGCAGCUUCUAGGGAUAAGAAAGAAGAAGCUUGGCGAGGACCAUCUUGAUACACUGAGUAGCAUGGCCGACCUCGCAUCAACAUUCAUGGAACAGCACCGAUGGAAAGAGGCUGAGCAGCUCCAGGUGCAGGUUCUAGAGAUGAGAAAGAAGAAGCUUGGGGAGGACCAUCCUGAUACACUGAGUAGCAUGGCCGACCUCGCAUCAACAUUCAUGGAACAGGACCAGUGGGAUGAGGCUGAGCAGCUCCAGGUGCAGGUUCUAGAGAUAAGAAAGAAGAAGCUUGGCGAGGACCAUCCUGAUACACUGAAUAGCAUGGCCGACCUCGCCUUAACAUUCACGGAACAGGGCCGGUUGGAGGAGGCCGAGCAGCUCCAGGUGCAGGUCUUGGCGAUUAGCAAGACGCAGCUAAGCGAGGACCAUCCUGAUACACUGAGUAUCAUGACCAACCUCGCAUCAACAUUCAUGGAACAGGGCCUGUUGGAGGAGGCUAAGCAACUCCAGGUGCAGGUUCUAGAGAUAAGAAAGAAGAAGCUUGGCGAGGACCAUCCUAAAACACUGCGUAGCAUGGCCAACCUCGCAUCAACAUUAGUGGAACAAGGCCAGUGGGAGGAGGCUGAGCAGCUCCAGGUGCAGGUUCUAGAGAUGAGAAAGAAGAAGCUUGGCGAGGACCAUCCUGACACACUGCGUAGCAUGACCAAUCUCGCAUUGAUGUAUAGGAAGCUGGGUCGGCAGGAGGAGGCCAAACAGUUGUACCAACGAGUACUGGCGAGCUAUGAGAAGAACCUGGGUUUAUCUCAUCCUUCUACUAUUGAUGCACUCAACCACCUUGGUCUCCUCUACUUUGAUCAGGGGAAGGUGAAGGAGGCUGAGGAGAUGUACCAGCGAGCACUGGCAGUCAACGAGAAGGUCCUGAGUUCAAAUCAUAUUUGUGCUUUUGAUACAUUCAACAACCUUGGCGUCCUCUACUCUUAUCAGGGGAAGCUGAAGGAGGCAGAGGAGAUGUACCAGCAAGCACUGGCAGGCUACGAGAAGCUCCUAGGUCCAGAUCACAGUGCGACCCGGCAACUAGUUGAGAGGUUAAAUGCCUUCAACAUUGCAGAUCUGAAGUAG